GGAAGAGGAAGGCAGAAAGUUGGAGUUUUUUAAAAAAAAUAAGAAUAAGUGUCUCUGGGUCAAAACCGUCAGAUAGAAGCUUGAGUUAACGUCUCAGGUGAGGAUGAGCCUCAGAGAGGAGGCUCGACCGACCCCUCACAGCCUAACGCACAGGGAUAUCCUGAGGAGGGGCUCUGCUGUGGACGCAGCCAUUGCCAGCCUGCUCUGUGAUGGGCUCAUAAACAUACACAGCGUGGGCAUCGGGGGUGGCUUCAUCAUGACCAUUUAUGAUGCACAAACAGAAAAGGUUGAAGUUAUUAACUCCAGAGAAGUGGCUCCUGGUGAGGCUGCACAAGGCCUGUUCACCAAUGACACCCGCUUGUCAUUCAAAGGAGGUCUGUCCAUCGCGGUUCCCGGGGAAAUACGAGGAUACCAACUCGCCCACAAGAGACAUGGCCGGUUACCGUGGAAAUUGCUGUUUGAGCCGAGCAUCAAACUGGCCAGAGACGGAUUCCCUGUUAGUGCAGCGCUUGGCAAAGCCAUAAAGCAAUAUCAGCAAGACAUCGAGAGGGACCCAGCGCUGUGUGAGGUGUUUUGCAAUUCCAACGGGAAAAUACUCCAGGAAAAUGACAUCAUCAGAUUCCCCAAAUUAGCUGAAACCUAUCAGAUUCUGGCCGAAGAAGGGCCUGAUGCCUUCUACACCGGAUCCCUGUCACAGCAGAUAGUGACCGAUAUCAGGAAGGCAGGUGGAAUCAUAACCCUCAAAGACCUGGCAGACUACAAGGCUGAGCUGUCAGAGGAUUUGCUCAGCUUCCCACUGGGUGACUACACACUGGUCACCCCCAACGCUCCAUCUGGGGGACCUGUGCUCGGCCUCACCCUCAACAUCCUGAAGGGUUAUCAUUUCUCUCCGGAAAGUGUUUCCACAGCGGCCAAGAGGGCCCUGACAUCCCAUCGCAUCGUCGAAGCCUUUAAAUUUGCCUUUGCAAAGAGGAGUAUGAUGGGAGACCCACGAUACGUUAACAUCACCGAGCUCAUCUCCAAUAUGACCUCAGAAUAUUUUGCAUCUCAGCUUUGGGAUAAAAUCACGGACAACACCACACACCCAGUGAGUUACUAUGAGCCAGAAUUCUACACACCGGACAGUCACGGCACCUCUCACCUCUCGGUGGUGGCACAGGACGGAGGCGCAGUGUCAGCCACCAGCACCAUUAACCAAUAUUUUGGGUCGAACGUGAGAUCUGUGAGAAAUGGCAUCAUCUUCAACGAUCAGAUGGACGACUUCUCCUACCCCCAAGUCGUAAUCGGCAGUGAGCUCCCGGCUUCCGAAGCCAAUUCACUGCAAGCAGGUAAAAGGCCGCUGUCCUCCAUGUGCCCGGCCAUUAUACUGGACAAACAGCACAGGGUGAAGAUGGUGGUGGGAGCUUCAGGAGGAACCAAGAUCAUCUCAGCGACAGCUCUGGUGAUCAUGAAUGUGCUGUGGUUUGGUUACGAAGUGAGGAGAGCUGUAAACGAACCUCGAUUCCACAAUCAACUCUUACCCGACCUGACAGAACUUGAUGAGGAUAUUGAGCAGGCUGUACGCGACGGUUUGCGGAGGAGGAACCAUUGUGUGGCUCAUGCUGACUCGUGGGCAGUGGUCCAGGCCAUUGUGCGGAGUGGAGCCAUGUGGACGGCGCAGUCAGACCCCCGCAAGGGGGGCCGGCCGGCAGGUUACUGA